CUACGCCUUGGCUUAGGUGUCUACAUGCUUGGGGGCGCGGCCCCGACGCAAGCUGAGCCUCCCCUCCGCAGCCUGGAGCCGCGGUGACAGCGCUGACGGUUGUUGUUUUUCACUUGUCUGUGUCCCAUGUUCUUGGGCUCCAGCAGCUGCAGCCCGCGCGGGACACAAGGAGGGUGGCCCAGAUGGGACGUGGGGUGAUUAGCCCUGACCCACGGGAUCUGGACGAAGUGUGGCUCCCAGCUCCUCCGACUGCGCUGCCUCCGAUCCAUCCCGCCAAGUGACAGGUGAAAGGGGAACGAGAUUUUACCUCACUUGAGAGAGAAUUCAGCAAAGCUCGGUUUAUAAAGGAGAAAGGGGGAAAAAAAAAAAUGGGAGUCGUUUCCAGGCAUCCAGGAAACUUGGACGUAAAAGAAAGAUUCCUGGUGGGAUUUUGGAACCUCGCCAAGGCACCCCCUGCGAUGAAAUUCAAAAGCCUUCAUUCCCGUUAAGGGAAUUCCACAAGGGAAGGCAUUUGAUUCCCCUAAAGAAGACCUCUGUUGAACACAGACUACAGCUCCAGCCACCACAGCUAAUCUGGAUCAUAAAUCAGCCUCAUGAAUGGGAGCCACCAUGGUCUUGACAAGUCCAGAAACAUAUAGCUGAGUAGUUCAUCUACAAAAGAGAUUUGUGUUUUAUUGAGUUAAAAGAAGUAUUUAGCUCUAUCUCAAACCCCUCCUCUUGCACAACCAACCCCCAUUAUAAAAGGAAGUGCAAAAUGGAAUAAAUUGAUUUUAAGUUACAUGUGAGGAUAAUUUACUAAAACAUUAAGCUAUGCAGAAAAACUCCAAGAGAAGCAAUAAUUCAAGAGUUUCUCACACAGACACGAACUCUGUGGAUGCUAAGAAGGAAAAACAUGAGAGUCAAAACAACUUUGUUGACCUGCUGCCUGAAGAAAUCAGUUUAAAAAUUUUCAGUCAGCUGGACAUACGGAGUUUGUGCAGGGCUUCCUUGACAUGCAGGAGCUGGAAUGACACAGUAAGAAACAAUGACUCUUUAUGGAAACCUCACUGCAUGACUCUAAGAGCUGUGUGCCGAAGAGAAAUAGAUGAUGAUCUAGAAAGUGGUUAUUCUUGGAGGGUAAUACUCCUGAGGAAUUACCAGAAGAGUAAAGUGAAACACGAAUGGCUAAGUGGCAGAUACAGCAACAUUUGUUCUUCCAUUAGCCUACCAGAAAAAAUCAUGUACCCAAUGGAUGCAGAUACAUGGGGGGAAAUUCUAGAAGCAGAACUGGAAAGAUAAGGGGGAAAAAUUCACAAACAGAUCCCAGGUCUUUGAGAGUUUAAAACUCAAAUGACUCUUAGGUUGCAAAAGGAAUAUCUUUAUUUGUUCAUUUUGUUGUUCACCUAUUUAAAAGAAAAGAAAAUAGAAAAUAUUAUAAAAGUAAAGCUUUAUUUUUGUUUUGCACUUUAGUAAAAAAUAUUUUUCUGGUUUUAUUGUAAUGUGGGAAAA